AUGCCCCUGACCUGCAACCUCACCUGUUUUCCCCUGGCCGUCAGUCAGACCCAGGGCCGGGCUCUGCCACAGGUCCAGCUAUGGGGAACUGCCCAGCAGUUCUUACACGGCUGCAGCCUGAGGUUGAGGAGGGCCGACCCUUGGUCUGCCACUCCUAGCCAUUUUGGCAUUCGUUGCCGCUUCUUGCACUUGGCCCAGGAGGAGAGAGAAGAACUGAGUAAAGUGAAAAAGGAGAGUGAAGAACUGAGUGAAGUGAAGGAGGAGAAACAUCAUGUCAAACCUGGAGAAAAACCCUUGAGUCGCUCAAAGACAAAAAAUACAUUUUUAAAGAAAAAACAAGCCAAGAAAUCUUUCGGCAAAUGCACUCAGUGUGGGAAGAGUUUCACAACCAAACAACAUAUGGAUGUUCACAUGAUGAUCCACUCUGGAGAAAAGCCUCACGCAUGCGAUCAGUGCGGGAAGAGUCUCCCAACCAAACGAAGUCUUGAGCGUCACAUGAUUAUCCACACUGGAGAAAAGCCGCACACAUGCGAUCAGUGCGGGAAGAGUUUCAGAUAUUCAUUAGAACUUAAGAGUCACAUGAGAGUUCAUACCGGGGCGACGACGUUCAUAUGUAAUGAGUGCGGCAAAACAUUUCUUAGGGCAUCAGAGCUGAAGAUGCACCUGGCAGUGCAUGUAAAGGAGAAGCCACAUUCAUGUUCUGUAUGUGGAAAGAGUUUUUCACUGCUGCAAUAUUUACAUGCACAUCAGAAAAUGCAUACUGCUGUGAGAGAGUAUGUAUGCUUUGAGUGUGAGCAGUCUUUUACUACAGCAAACAGAUUAAAAAAACACCUGACAAUUCACACUGGAAAACAACCUUACAAGUGUUCACACUGUGACAAGAUAUUCAGUCGGCCAUCAAGUUUGAAAACACAUGAGAUGAUCCACACUGGAAAACAACCUUACAAGUGUUCACACUGUGACAAGAGAUUCUGUCGGCCAUCAAGUCUGAAAACUCAUGAGAUGAUCCACACUGGAGAAAAACCUUACAAAUGUUCACACUGUGACAAGAGAUUCAAUCAGUCAUCAAAUCUGAAAGCACAUGAGAUGAUCCACACUGGAGAAAAACCUUACAAGUGUUCACACUGCGACAAGAGAUUCAGUAACUCAUCACAUCUGAAAGAACACGAGAGGAUCCACACUGGAGAAAAACCUUACAAGUGUUCACACUGCGACAAGAGAUUCAAUCAGUCAUCAGCUCUGAAAAUUCAUGAGACAAUUCACUUCGGAAGGAAACCGCACACGUGUGAUCUGUGUGGAAAGUGUUUCAGACUCAAAUCAGGUCUUAAGGAUCACAAGAGAAUUCACAUGGUAAAGAAACCGCACACGUUUGAUUAGUACAGAGCUAGUUUCUCUAUUAAAGCUCACCUGAAUGAUUUAGUUGCUUAGUUGGGGACAAUGAAUAUUCAACAAUAUUAUUGAUCUGCCUUACUUAAGGUGGACGUUGACACAAUUUUCUUCCAGAAACAAACUUUGUUGUAUUAAUUUCAUGUUUUCACUGUGAAGCUGCUUUGA